UUCAGUUCCCCGCCCACUUAUAUCACUCCGCAAAUGCCAAAGAAAAGGGAAAAAAAAACCCUUUUUUUCCUCGCUCAAAGCAAAUAGAUGGAUCUGUCCGAAAUUGCAAAGAAACUUGGUCUCUGGGAAACCAAGCAUAUCAUUCGGAAAGCAGCGGAGCUCCGUCGUCUUUGCGAUGUUCAGUUCGAUUCCUCUGUCAUUGGAGUCGGAGAGGUUUGUAAGGCUAUUAUCUGCUUAGAAAUCGCCGCAACCAGUUUUCAAGUGAUUUUUGAUAGACAAGCUGCUAUCAGAUUGAGUGGAAUGUCUGAGAAGGCCUACAAUAGAUCCUUCAAUUCGUUGCAAAACACUCUCGGUGUCAAGACAAAGCUGGAUAUUAGAGAAUUGGGGAUUCAAUUUGGUUGUAUUAGGCUCAUUCCUUUCGUCAAAAAAGGUUUAUCACUGUAUAAGGACCGGUUUAUUGCAUCAUUGCCUGCUUCAAGGCGAGCAAAUGCCGACUUCACUAGACCUGUGUUCACCGCAGUUGCAUUCUACAUGUGUGCGAAAAAACACAAGCUCAAAGUAGACAAGCUUAAGUUGAUUGAAGUUAGUGGCACAUCGGAAUCUGAAUUCAAUUCUGUAUUUGCGUCCAUGAAGGAUCUCUGCUUUGAUGUUUUUGGGAUCUCAAAGGAAAAGAAAGAUCCUAGGGAGGUGAAGGGGAACCGAGAACUUCUGGAUGUGCUUCCUGAGAAAAGAAAAAUUGAGGAUGGUAAUUUUUCAUCUGAUGAUGGAACAGAGGUUUCUAGCCACAAGAAGCACAAAAGAAUGGGGAAUGCUGCAUAUGAGCAGUGGAAAUCCUGUGUCUUAUCAUCCAAUAAAAAGAACAAGGCAAAAGGUCAUUGCAAGCAGACUGUGCAAACAUCCCUUGACUUUUUGAAAGAAGCUCCAGAGAAGACAGAGUUGGAGGCAUUAUCAUAAUAAAAGACUUGCCCUGAAAUCUUUUGGUUCAAUUUUGAUGGAAGUUGUACAUGGAAGAAACAAGACAUUAUUUUGUUUAUUUAUGUUCCCAUCGCCUUGCUGCAUGAAAUGUGAACAGGGAGACAGGGUUAUUUAUUUAUACAAAAAAAAAAAAAAAAUUGCUCGAAAGGGCAUAGCAGUCGUAUUGAAA